CGUCCGUCGAGUCACCGACGAUCCAGAGUCACUUUUCCUUCCUCCCGUCACCACCAACCUACCCAUCCACCCUACCCACCCAAAAGAAAAGCGCCAAGAUGCCGUCGAAGCCCCAAUUCUGGCUGCGCUGCGAGAAGAAGCCGUUCGAGAAGCGGGCGGCGCUGACGCCGACGACGGCGAAGAAGUUGAUUGACCAGGGCUUUGAGAUCUUUGUCGAGCGCGACGAGCAGCGCAUCUUUGACGACAAGGAGUAUGAGGCUGUUGGCUGCAAGCUCGUCGACAACAACACCUGGCCGAACGCGCCCAAGGACAUCCCCAUCAUCGGCCUCAAGGAGCUCGAGGAGUCUACCGACCCGCUCCCCCACACCCACAUCCAGUUCGCGCACUGCUACAAGAACCAGGCCGGCUGGUCCAAGGUCCUCGACCGCUUCCACCGCGGCGGGGGCAAGCUGUACGACCUGGAGUUCCUCAUCGACGCUACUGGUCGCCGAGUUGCUGCGUUCGGGUACCACGCGGGCUUUGCUGGUGCGGCGGCGGGUGCGCUUGCGCUGGCGGCGAACAAGAAGGGGCAGCAGCUGGGGUUGUUGACGCCGUAUCCGAAUGAGGACGAGAUGGUGAAGGCCGUGCGCGCGGCGUUGCCCGGGGGGAGCGGUAAGGGAGUGAGGGCACUCGUCAUUGGUGCGCUGGGUCGCUGUGGACGCGGCGCUGUCGACCUGUUCCGCAAGAUUGGGCUGGAGGAGAACGACAUCGUCAAGUGGGAUAUGGCAGAGACUGCAAAGGGUGGUCCCUUCCAGGAGAUCCUUGACGUUGACAUCUUCGUCAACUGCAUCUAUCUUAGCUCGUCCAUCCCUCCGUUUUUGACGCAGGAGUUCAUCCAGAAGGCCGGUAAGAACAGGAGGCUAUCCGUCGUCGUUGACGUGAGCUGCGACACCACCAACCCGCACAACCCUAUCCCCAUCUACAACAUCAACACCACGUUCUCGCACCCUACCGUACCUGUCGAGACUGGCGCUGGGAACCCGCCCUUGUCGGUCAUAUCGAUCGACCAUCUGCCGACCUUGCUGCCGCGCGAAGCCUCGGAGCAGUUCAGCCACGACCUGCUGCCCUCGCUGCUCGAGUUCCCGAAUCGCGACAAGGCACGGGUUUGGACGGACGCCGAGAAGCUCUUCCGCGAAAAGCUGAGCGCGGCGGUCCAGGCCGAGCGCCAGGCGAAGCUGUAAACCGGUAUUUCUCUAUGGAAUCUUGCAUCGUGUUCUGACUUGCUCUACUUUUGCGCUAUGCGCUACUGCUACUGUUGCUAAAAGUGCUUAACUGUACUCGUACGCGUUCGAGGUCGAUAGUUGGGCACCUAGAUAGGAAUCGAAGUGUUACGGAGGG